AUGUGCACUGGACCAUUAAGUGGGUCAGAGCAGAUUUAACAAUCCUUGAUCAUAUUUUGCACCUGCUGAAGCUGCAGGUUGGCUACAUUUCCCAUUCGGUCAUGUCUUACGUGUUUGUAAAUGAUUCUUCACAAACAAAUGUGCCUCUGCUACAAGCUUGCAUUGAUGGAGAUUUUAACUAUUCCAAGAGGCUACUGGAGAGUGGCUUUGACCCAAACAUCCGGGACAACCGUGGCCGAACAGGUCUUCACUUAGCAGCAGCUCGAGGAAACGUUGAUAUUGCUCAGUUGUUGCACAAAUUUGGGGGGGAUCUUUUGGCCACAGAUUACCAAGGUAACACAGCUCUUCACCUGUGCGGACAUGUUGAUACCAUUCAGUUCCUCGUCUCCAAUGGACUCAAGAUAGAUAUUUGCAAUCAUCAAGGUGCAACGCCUCUUGUCCUGGCAAAACGAAGAGGGGUAAAUAAAGAUGUGAUUCGAUUGCUUGAGUCUUUGGAAGAGCAAGAAGUGAAAGGGUUCAACCGAGGAACACACUCAAAGCUGGAAACGAUGCAGACAGCUGAAAGUGAAAGUGCCAUGGAAAGCCACUCUCUCCUCAACCCCAACCUGCAGCAAGGGGAAGGCGUUCUGUCCAGCUUCCGAACAACAUGGCAAGAAUUUGUAGAAGACCUGGGCUUUUGGCGAGUGCUGCUCUUGCUUGUUGUCAUUGCUUUGCUGUCUCUUGGAAUUGCAUACUAUGUUAGUGGAGUGCUCCCCUUUGUGGAAAACCAGCCUGAGUUGCUGCAUUAAAGGCAGUGUAAAUUAAUAGUGUCUUACUACUAUUUGUAAUGUCUCACUUUGUUCUCUGUUGGGCAUAUGUUGGCUGCUGCUUGUAAGGUUUAUACACACAACACCCCCGCCUAGACAUUGUAAAGAGCCCCUUCCAAAAAUAAGGAUGCAUUAGUCUUAGCUACGUUACUGAGUUAAAGUACUCAUUAACUGUAUCUAACAUGUUCUUGGAUUGUCAUUAGUUGUAGUCUCUGCUGAUAAAAUAUAAAGAAAUGCUGGAAAGCUUUUCCUUCAUAUUUGUCAGAAUGUCUCCCAAAAUUGUUAUGGAAUUAAGUCUUGUGCUGUGGGUUUUUAAAGGUGGUCACUUACAAGGUGUUAGCCGGUGUUAGCUUUCUGCAGAAAAAUAAAACUAAUUUGUAUUUCUUUGGUAAAGAAAAUAUAUAUCAUUUUUCAAGAAGUAACACUUGAGAAUUUUUGCACUUCUGUAAUUUUCACUUGAAAUAUUAACAGUUUUUCAUUUCUUUGGAACAAGAAAUGUUAAUCCAUAUGAAUUGGGAAAUAUCAAUACUUAUUGUUUUAAUAAGAACUAAAUAAAACAUUUUUUGACUUUUAGGAAUUUUUCUUUCAGUUGGGGAGAAUUUUUUUUUUGUUACAAGUAAGCAAAAAUGAUCUUAACGGCUUGAAAAUUUGAGUAGAAGUAUUGUGUAAAACUUGUGGCAUGAUUGUGGAAAGGUUUAUAUUGCCCCUAUGCGUAGAAAAUACUAUAAGCUUCAAACUAAUUUUCUAAGUAAUUUAAUUGCAAUUAACUUAAUGUCCUAAUCUCUUAACAUAUGUAUUAUUGUAUAUGUAAAAGGAAACCUGAUUUAAAACUAUUCUUUGAAGUAAAUUAGUAAUAUACCUAAAUAUAGGAUCUUGUUAAUAACCUCACUAAGAUUAUCUAACUAAGAUUGAUGGUUCAGGCACUUAGUGGUGCAGGAAGUAAUGUCUGUUUUUUUGCUGAACCGAAAAAUCUGAAAAUGGAUCCAGAUGUGCUGGAGCAUACAUUGUCUCAUAGAGUUCUAUUUAUAUCCAGGCAAGAGAGAAAAUGAUUGCUGAUCCCUCUUCUUCUAUAUCCAAAUAAGUAAUUAAUAUACCAUGUUUAAAAUCUAGAAAUUGAAGCAAGUGAUUGAUUUGUUUAUAUCACACUAAGUUCUUCAUAUUCAUGCUAAUGAAAUAUAAUUUUGUGGUAAGUUGUAGUCUUCUGUGUAAAAUGUUUUAUAAUAUAUUUUGUAUUUCAUUUAACAUUGGAGGAAAUGUUGGAAAUGGACUAUUGGUACCCCAGUUUCAGAAUCUUUUUUAAUGUUAAGAAAACAUCCUGAAUACAAUCCAGCCAAAGUUCUAACUUUUUAAGGACAUAUGGAUUUUCAAUUUAGCAUUUCUUUUCUUGAAGUUCGUAGGAUCUUGUUUAAAAUAAUAAACAACAAAUUCAAGACUGCAAACAUGAACAAAUUAACUACUAAAAAGUGAAUGCCGCAGAAAUAAGAUAUAAACAAUUAGAAGAAUUAUACGCUUGGGGUGUCUUUUUGUAAAAAGUAAACUUCCAUGUUCUGUUAUUUCAUUUCUAUUUUACACUGCAUAGCUAUUAAUUUAAUUAUUAAUUGUAUUCCAAGCAUGCCAAGGUAUUCCAAAUAAACUUGUAUAAACUACA